AUGGCCGGCGGGUCCCUGUCGCCGCCGUCCUCUUCUUCGUGGGCCCCCAGCCCCGCGGCGGUGAUGGCGCUGGUGGCGCUGCUCGGGCUCGGCCUCGCCGGCUACAUCGUCGGCCCGCCGCUCUACUGGCACGUCGCCGAGGCGCUCGGCCGCUCCACGGGGGCCUGCCCCGCCUGCCUCUGCGACUGCGACGCGCUGCCGCUGCUCUCGCUGCCAGAAGACUGCGCCAAACAAUUCAAAGGGGUUAGUGGUCGCGCUUCUGCUGAAGAAACAGAGAAGAGCUUCACAGAGCAACUGAUAGAAGAACUGAAGCAGAGAGAGGAGGAAGCAACCGAAGCUCAGCAAGAAGCUGAUGUGAAAUUGCUUGAGGCCAAAAAACUAGCUUCUCAGUAUCAAAAGGAGGCUGACAAAUGCAGUUCAGGAAUGAAUACAUGUGAAGAAGCUAGGGAAAAGUCAGCAGACUCACUGCUCGGUCAAAAGAAAUUGACUGCUCUGUGGGAGGAAAGGGCUCGGGAGCUAGGAUGGAAACCUGGGAAUGUCAAAACACACCAGAAUCGGUAAUGAGUGCACUGGCGUAUGAU